AUGCCGAUUUUGGCUACUUCCUCAGUAGACAAGGGGCUGGGCAGGCUGAGGAAGUGCACUGUUUUGCAGGAGGAGAUCCAGUGCCAGGAGAUACCUCUGCGAGGAAAGAUUAAAGGCUCCAAAAACAUCCAGGAUGGUGGCAUAGCUAUUGACAGGAGUUCAGAUUGGAUCCUGCCUUUCCCGCCGCCCCCACAGGCUUGCCUGCAGAAGAAGCACCGCCGAGCCUUCACCACUACCGAGGAUAUGAAUGGAGUCUGUACUCUGCUCACCACCGACUUGCGCAGCACUGCCUUCCUCAACCUCACCAAGAUGGUUGAGACCAAAUUAAACAGCAUUCAAAGUAAAACCAGCAGAGACGAGAUAACUGACACCAGCACAGACAACACCAGCAAUGCUUGUGGUGAGCUCUUUGGUAGCGCAGGAAACAACCACAUGUGCAAAGAACUGGGAACAGAGAUUGCUGUCGUUCUGGGUGGAUCAGAGAACACCAAGCGAGAUGACUUCCAAAAUGCCAAGACCUCUAUCCUCAAUAUGAUGAAGUCAAUGUGGCAGAAAUGCUCAAAGAUCAGGUUUGCUGUGGUGCAGUAUGGAGCACAGAUCCAAACUGAAUUGAGCCUGCAGGAAAGCUGCAACAGGCUGACUGCUUUCUUCAAAGUCCGAAACAUCAAGCAGCAGAGCUCACGGACUGACAUCGCAGCCACACUGCAGCAUGUGUUGGAUAAAGUCUUUGAAAGCCAUGACUCCAGACAGACUGAUGACAAGAUAAUCAUUAUCAUGGCAUCUGGGCAGGUGUUUCUGGAAAAACAUAGACUGAGAAAUGUGAUGAACUCCCUGGAAAUGGCUAUGGUCAAACUCUAUGCGCCCGGGAUUGGAGAGUUCAUAAGCAAUCAGUGGAUCCCAGAAGAGCUGCAGAAAGUUAGAGGUGGCUGGUUCAUGCUAUCCACAUAUGAAGAUUUUGACAGCUUCCUUUUGGAGUUGGAGAGAGAGACUCUGAGUGAUUCAGCUGAAAAUGUUCCAAUUGAAGCACCAGAGCACAGAAAAACUAAUGACCAUGGUGACAGCAAGCUCCCUUCCUGGAUAGAGGAGGACAAAGAGGAGGAGGAGGAAAAUGCUUCUGGAACAGAAAUUGCUUUUAUUCUGGAUGGAUCAGGGAGCAUUGAGCCAGAAGAUUUUGAAAGAGCAAAAGCAUUCAUCCACAAGAUGAUGAAAACACUGUACGAGAAGUGCUUUGAGUGCGAUUUUGCAGUGGUACAGUAUGGGUUUGAAAUAAGAACUGAGUUCGACCUGCGAGAAAACUGGGACCCUCCUGCCACCCUCCAGAAAGUACUUGAUAUUGUGCAGGUGUGCAAUGUGACAAAAACAGCAUCUGCCAUGCAGCAUGUCCUGGAUUCUAUCUUCACUGAAAGUCAUGGGUCCCGCAAGGAUGCAGCCAAGGUCAUGAUUGUGCUUACAGAUGGGGAAAUACUCCUGGAUGAAAUGAACUUGACAACAGUGAUAAAUUCACCCAAAAUGGCAGGAAUCGAACGCUAUGCCAUCGGGGUGGGAGAUGCCUUCAAAAAACCAAAGGCACUAAAUGAACUGCGGCUAAUUGCAUCUGGUCCAGGUGACACUAAUGUAUUUCAGGUGACCAAUUAUUCAGCAUUAGAUGGGCUGCUUUCAACCCUGCAGCGGAGUAUUAUUGGUAUAGAAGGUAUGCAGGGUGAUGCUCUGGAAUAUGAGCUUGCCCAAGCUGGUUUCAGUGUGCAGAUCUUGGAUAAGCAGGUCUUAAUGUUUGGUGCGGUGGGAGCCUUUGACUGGUCUGGUGGAAUUCUACUGUAUGAUCUGGCAACCAAGACUGCUGUUUUCCUGAAUGAAUCUAAAGAAGAAGGGAAAAAAGCAAAAUACAGUUACCUCGGGUACAGCGUGGCAGUGGUACACACGGAAUACGGACCCUUGUACGUGGCUGGAGCUCCACGGCGCAGUAUGAAAGGGAAGGUGUUGGUGUUUCAGGACGGCCGCUUAAAACAGACCCUGCAAGGAGAGCAGGUUGGAUCUUAUUUUGGAUCUGAGCUCUGCCCACUUGAUGUGAACCAUGAUGGUGUGACAGAUCUUCUCCUUGUUGGAGCUCCAUUUUAUCACAUUCGAGGGGAAGAAGGAAGGGUUUACGUCUAUCGCCUGGAGACAGAGACUGGUUCAUUCACCUUGAAAGGACACUUAAAUGUACAGGUGACCUCUCCUUUUGCAAGGUUUGGGUUUACUGUGGCCAGCAUUGGAGACAUCAAUGGGGAUGGAUACGAGGAUAUUGCAGUUGGAGCCCCUCUUGAAGAUCAGCUUUCAAACAGUUCCUCCUUUGGCAGCAUUUACAUCUUUAAUGGUGAUAAAGACAAGAUCAGGAGCUCUUUCUCUCAAAGAGUAAAAGCCUCUGAAAUUUCUUCAGGACUCCAGUAUUUUGGACAAUCUAUUGAUGGUGGCUUUGAUUUCACUAAUGAUGGUCUCCAAGAUAUUACAGUAGGAUCGUUGGAGAACGUGAUUGUGCUCCGCUCGAGGCCAGUUGUCCACUUUCUCACCAGCAUGAGAUUCAACCCUGAGAGAAUCCUAGUUUUCCAAAAUCACAGCAUUGUUACAGCAAAACUAUGUUUCGAUACAAUCUCAUCUUUACCCGUGUCUCAACAAGGGUUUUCACAGUUAUACAUUCUCUACACAGUGGACUUAGAUGUGACAAUGACAAGGAGGAGAGUGCAGUUUGAAGAUCAGAACACCACAGCAAGUGGAAAGCUGUUGGUCAGCAAGCACAUGUGCGCCGAGCUGUGGCUUGACACACUGCCAUGUGACUUUGACUGUUUCUCCAGUGUUUUUCUGAGAGUUAAACACGAGCUCUAUAAGAAAAAUGAUAACAUGGAGUCUGCUGUUCCUGUGCUGGAUAGAUACCAGCCGUCAGAAAUGCAUUUUCAGUUACCUUACAAGGAGGACUGCAACAAGACCAUCUGUACUGCUCAUUUAACUUUGACAACUCAGAUUGAAAAGGAAUUAGUGGUGGGCCACACUAAAGAAGUGACCAUGAGUGCUUCACUAACGAACAGCGGAGAUGACUCGUACAUGACAACUAUGGUCUUGAACUAUCCUAAAAACCUGCUUUUUAAGAAGGUGACUGUUGAGUCAUCCUCUCCUGCUAUUCACUGUGGCCAACCAAUACCAUUGACUUCUGCAGUCUUAUCCUGUAACUGCAGAAUUGGGCAUCCAGUAUUCAAGAAGACAACUGCAAAAUUUUCAGUGAUUUGGCAGUUAGAUGAAACCUUAUUCCAAAAUAAGGCUGCAAUCACCGUUAAUAUCAGCAAGCCAGUUUCUUUAAUGUACGUGAAUGUUAGCGAAGGACUUCUUGAAAACAAAGAGUUCAGAUUUAAUAUAAAUGGAGAAAACCGCUUUAAUGCUACCAUCAAGAGUGGAAAAGAAACCAAGCAUGUUAUUGCAGAUUGGAGUGUCUUUAAAACCUACACUACAGAAACUUUACAUUUUUACAUUUUGUAG